AUGUACUUCACAACUCAUUCACAAGCCAGCAGUGUCACUGUUGAGAACGACCCUGACCUGGUGUUGAACAUUCAGACGGGAUAUCGCUCCGGCCCAGCAACUGAGAGAGACUCUUCCCCCGCUGAGUUCAACGAGAUUAUUGAACUCGACUCUGACACCGAAGAGGGGUUCAAUGAAAAAGACUACCUGACCGACGCCGCUUUCAAUAGACUACUACAAGACUGGAACAAAGCCCCCCGAAGACAAGACGUCGAUGAGGACGUGCAGUUCAUUGAUGUCGCACCAGCCAAGCGUCCUCUCAAAGAAUGGUGCGCAAACGGUAUCGUCUACACGCCCGGGCAAUCCCUUGAAAUAUUUGACGGAAGAUUCAUCCGGAUAGAGAGCAUAUCCCAGCACGUUGUGUCAAAAGAGAUCUUCUUCACUGGGAGACACUUGGUGCGCGCUACCGGCCACAAGGGCACUUAUAUCCCCAAGUGGCCCAACGAGCUCAUUUGGAUCGCAAAUGACACUCGAAACAUUGGCUUGCCCUUAAUUAAGCGCAUUGUAAAUGUCAUCUUCACGAAUGCCUGUCAUGUGGAGCAUGAUCUCCUGAAGAAACGGCGCCCCCACGCCCUGUUCUGCCGGCUAAAGGAGAACUUCCGUGACAAGCCAGAUGACCCUGCUUCAGUGGAAUAUCUCUCAUUUGACGAAGCCGAUGAAGGAUAUAGAACUUAUCCGAGCAGUCUGCGCAAGGCGUGGAGGGGAACAACCCGUUCUUUUGGAGCGAGUGAUGCUCCGCAGGCAAUCGAUCUCGAGGGACCCGUGAUUGAUCUGACUGAGCAAAGUACCGAAAACAAGAGCAGUCGGCAGUACACGUUUGGAGACGGCUUCUGUGGCGCCGGCGGAGUGUCCUGCGGUGCACGCAAAGCUGGUUUGCGCCCUACCUGGGCAUUUGAUAAUUCCAGACACGCGGUGAAUACGUAUAGUCUCAAUUUCCGAGAUGCCGAGUGCGAAGAGUCGGAUGUCUUUUCGUUUCUGACGAACAACUAUGAUUUUCUCAAAGUUGAUGUUACGCACGGGUCUCCGCCAUGUCAGACUUUCUCACCAGCUAAGACUGUGCAGUGCGCUACAGAUGAUGCAAACUCUGCAUGCGUCUUUGCUUGCGCGGAGCUUAUUCGGAAGGCAAAGCCGAGAGUCCAUACAAUGGAGGAGACAAGCGGAUUAUAUGAGCGGCAUCGAGAAACUUUCCAUCGGGUGGUUCUAGAUUUUAUUGAGAUUGGCUACUCUGUUCGGUGGACCAUUCUGAACUGUGCAGAUUUCGGAGUCCCACAGCUACGGAGGAGGUUGGUAAUCAUCGCAUCUGGCCCUGGGGAGACACUCCCGCCGUUUCCUGAGGCAACGCAUGGGCUACCUGGUUCCGGCCUCAGGGACUACGUGACAAUUAACCAGGUCAUUUCGCGAAUUCCUCGUGGGUCCUCCGAUCAUGAUGUCGAGGGCGCGCUGCAACGUAGCGCGAUUGCCCGACGACCCUUCGACGCCAACAGACAGGCACGAACGAUAACCUGUGGCGGCGGCGAAAACUAUCAUCCAUCGGGCAGACGAGGCUUCACCAACAGAGAGUUUGCGUGCCUGCAGACUUUCCCUAUGCGAUUCCGCUUCGGGCCUCGCGAGGUGCGGAAACAGAUAGGCAAUGCAGUGCCGCCGAAGCUGGCAGAAGCCAUAUACCGUUCGGUGAAAGCCUCACUGCAGCGAACAGAUGAGGAGGAAACUAAUCCUGAGCGGCGAGGGCCAUUCUGA